AUGGCAGAGCUGGCCGCCGACAAUGCCCGCCCGGGCUCAGCUACCACGUCAGUCACGUCAAGAGCAGCAACGCCGACAAAUGCGCCCGUCGAGAAGCCCCCGGACGAUAGCUCCAAGUUCAAGACCUUCUUGAGCAUUUUGAGGAGGUUUGUUGGCGUCUCCGACCUCGCCGCCGUUCGAUUCUCCCUGCCGGCCCAGCUGCUGGAACCCAGACCAAAUUUGGAGUACUGGCACUAUCUAGACCGACCCGACACUUUCAUUAGUAUCGGUGAUUCGGACGAUGAACUGGGGCGUAUGCUGGGAUGCUUGCGCUUCUGGUUCACCAAAGACCUGAAAUACGUCAAGGGGAAGCCGUGCAAGCCCUACAACUCGACUCUCGGAGAAUUCUUCAGGUGUAACUGGAAAAUCGAAGAGACGCACCCAACCUUCAAGACAUCCACCUCGGCGCCCUCGAGCAGCGCCAACAGCCUCGCAGGCGACAACAAACCCAUCACAGUCUCCUACCUCACCGAGCAAACCUCCCACCACCCUCCUGUAUCCGCCUUCUACAUCGACUGUCCUGAGAAGGGAGUCAGCGCAAAGGGCUUCGACCAGUUGAGCGCAAAGUUCACGGGUACAAGCGUGCGCGUGCAGCCUGGCUUGCAUAACCUAGGCAUAUUUGUCACGUUGAAAAACCGGGACAAUGAGGAGUACCAGCUCACACAUCCAGCCGCCUAUUUAAGCGGCAUCCUGAGAGGUUCUCUCAGCGUUUCCGUCGCUGACUCCUGCUACAUAACUUGCCCCAAGACCGGGCUGAAGGCCAUUCUAGAGUAUCAGGAAGAGGGCUGGCUUGGCCGAUCGCAGAACAAGGUUCACGGUGUCAUAUUCAAAUACGAUACGAAAAAUGACGGUAUAACGAAAAUCAAGGAAGUGUCAGACAAAGACAUACUCGCGCGGAUAGAAGGCUGCUGGCAGGACAAAAUCUACUACACUCUUGGUAGCAAGCCUUUCAGCAAAGUAUCCGAUAAGCACCUUAUCAUCGACCUCAACCCGCUCUUCCCCCUCCCUAAAUCUGUACCUCCACUCGACCAGCAACUCUCCAACGAAUCCCUCAAGUUCUGGGAAGGCGUUACAAGUGCGAUAGUAAACAAGCAAUUUGGACUUGCCACAACGCUUAAGCAGGAGAUUGAAGAGAAACAGCGUCAGAAAGCUGCAGAACGCAAGACGGCGGAUAAAGAGUGGAAACCGCGGUUCUUCACCGGCACUGUAACGCCUGCGGGCAAACCAGAUCUCACAAAGGAGGGCGAGGAGGCGUUGAGGGGACUGCACGAGGAGAGAUAUCAACUGCAGCCUGGUACAGAGAACGGGGCCUUUUGA